AACACAUUCAUGGACUGUUGCAAAGACGCGAAAAAGUGUUGCGAAAGACAAAUAAAAAUAGCCGAAGAAGAGGACGACGACGAAGAGGACAACGCUAUCGGACACUACGGACGGCCCAACACAUGUCCGACCAAAUGGGACGGAUGGAUGUGCUGGGACUCGGCCGCAGCCGACUCGACGCACGAACAAAAGUGUCCGGCUAUGUCGCACGCGGCCCUGGGCUACGAGCCCACCACGUGCGCCAAAGAGAGUGCCACGAAAAAGUGCCUGGCCAACGGCACCUGGGCCACCAAGUGGGUGGAAAAAGUGUACGAACACCCCGAGCAUGGUUACUACCCCGAUGAUGACACUUUUUACGAGUAUUGCACGUAUCCAAAGGCGCAUGAAGAGUUGCGUCAGGCUAGAGUGUCCACGUAUGUUUUCAUAUUGUCCCUGGUGCUUUGUUGCGCCGGCGUGGCCGUGUUUGUGUUUUAUGAGCAACAUAAAAUUCUGCGCGUUCAGAUUCAUAUGAAUUUUAUUGGCUCGAUUAUUUUGACCUGUGUGUUUUCCAUCAUGUUCAAUUAUCUGCUCCGUGAGGCACAUUUCAGUCGCUCGGAAGUUAUACAACACAACCCAAAAUGGUGCCGCGCCCUGGUCAUAUUCUACAAGUUUUCGCACAUAAGCAAUUUCUGCUGGAUGCUAAACGAGGCGGCGUACCUGCACCGGCGCAUCGUGCUCAGUUUCGCCGAGGAGAGACACCCCCUGUAUUAUUACCUGUUUGGUUGGGGCGCACCACUGCUGGUGAUGGUGCCCUACGUUAUAGUGCACGCUCUGGACGAGUACGACACCAAUUGUUGGACCAAACCCAUGCUCUAUCCCGAAUUGAUCUACGACAUUUUGCCCAUUACGUGCAUCGUGCUAAACGCCCUGCUACUAUUCAACGUAGUGCGAGUGCUGAUGACCAAGCUUCGUUCGUCACCCGAUCAUUUCAGGGCCGGUCUGAGGGCCUCACUGAUACUGUUACCAGUGUUUGGCAUACAGUAUACAUUUUACAUCGUUGAUUUUGAUCCAUUUGACUCGUGCACUACCGGCGUGUUUGUCAUCAAAUAUAUCCAAAUUGUGAUUGAGGCCAUACAGGGAGCCAUUGUUACCACGAUAUUCUGUUUUCUAAAUGGCGAGGUACACACACAUGUGAGAAGGACCAUGAAUAAAUUGGUACCAAAGAGCAGUAUUAUGCUUACGGAGCAACAGGAACUGGAAAAGACCACUUCGUGAAUGCACCAUAAUCACUUUAAAAUGCACCAUGGUCGAGUUAUUUAAUUAAUUUUAUAAAUAAUCUAUUACAAAUAAUAACAACGACAAUAAUAGUA